UCCGGUAUAAAAAUCGCUGGAUCCUAAACAUUUAAAGAGAGGAACGUCUGUGGAGUUUCAUCCUCGGUUUUCAGUACACGACGUCAGGUCGAUCCAUAUCAAUUUCAUCACCUACCCUUACACGUUCUUAAAUUAUAACGAUUUAUUAUGAUCAGCUGACGAGAUUAUAGCGUCAUACAGGUAACUGCAGAUUCGUCGGCGAAGAGAGAAGAAGCAGCUGCGUUUCAAGAUUCGAACUUCAGCAAUGAAACGACGUACCCAUCGGGCGUAACAGCGUGUAACGCUUACGAUCUUCGGUAUCGACGGUGUAAAGUACGAGGACGCGAACGACUCGAAGAUCCGACGAGUCUGGUAAGAUUUAGAGAAGAGCAAUGAACGCGAGAAAAUGACGGUGUAUGAGUCAAGGAACGAGUAUCUGUGCUACGCGUCUACUUUUCGGUAGGUAUGUUCGAUUCACGGCGUGUCACGAAUUCCUCGAAAUAAAAAUCUGUCGAAAACGUUACGUUCCGCUCUUGACGGGUCGCGUGGACCGAUUACAGGAGCUCGACGCUCGUCGCCGUAGAAUCAGCGUGGUAAAUCGCAUGGCGAGAGCGUGUGCAAGAAGAGUCCCCCGUAAUGGGAGAAAAAAGGAAAACAUGAAAUUUGAGCACGACUGAGCAGCCGAUGACAGCGUCCGACAAGAGUCCUCCGUCGGAGAAAGAGAAAGAGGCUCCUCUAAUAGUAUGAAAUUUCUCGGUGAAACUUCUGAAAAUAGACUUGGUCGUUAAGCGAGCUGACGCGGAACGUCGUUCGUAAUUUCGCGUAAUCGCGUUCGCUGAUACCUUUCGACAGCCUCUUUCUCUGACGUUUAUUAACGGCGGGUACUGAUCGAGCAUCCAUCGGGUCGCGUUGCACAAGAAUCGUUGCGAACAUCAUCGAAGUUCAGCUAAAUCAGAUAUCAAGUGUCGAACGUCGUUUGCCAAGUUUUGUAAAAUCGUACCGUCGUAUCGGACCUCAAGAGGGAAAAAGAAACGAACAUUUCGCUUUGAAAAAUAUCCUGCGCGAAAGGAAGAUCGCCGGAGGAGGAGGAGGAGCGGUACUGUACAAAGGUCAGCCACUAUCCAAAUAUCCUUGGCCAUUCCGUAAUCUGGUUUUGUGUAAGCUUUCUAAUCUCAACGAACACGUUCAGUCUCCUUCCGUCUUUUUAUAUCACGCUCGAGGCACGACGUUCAACGGCUCGAGCGUUCUCUUCAAUUUCUGUGAAAUUCCACGCGAGCGAGCCUGACCAUGACCAAUUACUCUUUUAUCCGUAGAGACGCGUUACGCGUUAUGCGUGACCGACGAAAGAAAAGAACCUGGCCGAAGGAAGGAAUCAUUUUAUGCUUCUCCCGUUUCAUCGACUGCUACGAAAUUAUGGUAACUAUGUGCGGUGUAGAACGCGACGCGUCGCCUGUCCACGAUGCCCGCAACGAGCGCUCACUCUUCGAUACGGGGAGUCCCGCCGUUGUACGCGAUUCUUCGCUCUUCAAACGAGGAGGUGACCACAGGGAAGAGAACGCCCAUCACACUUGAACCAGAGUCGUUCGGAUCGUCGUGAAAGAGUGGACGGUCUCUCUUUCUCUCUCUCUCUUGGUUUCUCGUUGACAUGUCAACGACGACGAUAGGUCUUCGAGAAGAGACACCGUGGACGAACCCGAGGAUGCCGUAGCGAAGAUACACGUGACUCCGAAAGAGGAUCAGGAGCUCGAGGCCCCUCGGUCUCCGCCGGGUACGUCAGUGAGGAAGAGAACCGGUAUCUACUACGAGCAGCGAGCCAUCGGACUUCUGUUCAAAACGAAAAGGGACGGCGUUGACUGUGAUCCGAUCCUCUGUGAUAUCUAAACUCGACUUCAAACGCUUGCGGGCGCGUGAAGAGUAACGGAUCUUUCGGUGGACGAGAGGAGUUCGCGUACGUUCUCGGAACAUGAUUUACGACGGACUUCUUUGAACGAUCGAGUUCCUUGGUGUUUCGGUGAAAACAACUGGUACUACUAAUCAUAAGAAACAAUGAACCGGGUCUUGUUCCUCGUCGUUGUCCUCGCGAUCCACGGGACGACGUCCUCGUCAAACGUCUUCGAGAAUCCUGCGAAGGACCUCCCGACGACCGAACGCGCAAGGACGUCGAUCGACGAGGUCCCGGGCAACCAAUGGACCACUCUGUCCGAGGCGCUGGACAUGUUCAACGUGCGUCAUCUUGCCAACAAUUGGACCGAGGGAAAGUAUCCUGUCGGCGAACAAUGCGCGAAGGACGUCACGAGAUACGUCGAGGGUCUGAAGAGGCACGAAGGGUGGGCCUUGAAAGUCGACGACUCCUCGGGCCGGUACACCAACAGCUUUUUCUGGGGUAACUCUUAUUACGUCGGCUCGGCCACCGAGUGCGCCUACAUCGACGAAGACUAUGGGAGGAAAGUCAAAGGGACGCGGCGAAACUCGUCGACGGGCAACGGGGAUGAAUCGAACGGCGAGUCGCGAAAGAAGAACGCCGGCCUCACCGAGAACGAUCUCUGGACCGAAACGAAAUUGGAAAAGCCACCGUAUAAAUUGGGAUUUUUCAUGAUGACCAUCUCGGUGAACGCCACCGUGUCCCCCAAGACGAGAAUGGUCUAUUUAGGAGUGUGUUUACCUUUCUCGUGUCGUGCCUCGGACGUUGCGGUGAUCGCGAAAUUAGCCACCAGCGAAUCAGCGGGGAAAAGCUCGACGAUCAAAUCGGUUCGAGAUCAGCACGACAAGUACGACAUGUACGAAGAUUCGGUUUUCUGGAUCCUGUCCGGCGUGACGGUCGCUGUCGUAUUUUUCAUGAUAACCGGCACCGGAUACGACGUCUACGUAACGAAGAAGUACACGCGCCGAAGGAACGUCGUCUACGAUUUAGAGAGGCACGCGAAACUCGAGCUAGCGAACGGAAAUCAAAAGCCUCUCAAUGCUUUUCAAGGUAAGGUCUACCUUCCUGUUCCAGCGGCAGAAGUCGUCGUCAUCGGGCCACAACCGCUAGCAGUUAACAACAACAACGAUCACGAAGUUGGCCUACGCUCAGCCAGUCCGGAAGUGCACAAAUUCGGUGUCCUCGAGGAAUUGUUGCUCUCUUUCUCGGUUCGCGCCAACGUUAAGAUCAUUUGCGACGACAAGGUCGGCGGCGACACGAUCAGCACUGUCCACGGUCUUCGAGCGAUAUCGAUGGCGUGGAUCAUUCUUGGCCACACGUGCAUCACCGCCUUCAAGUACUCCGACAAUAUGGAGUAUAGAAAAGUCGUGGAGAAAAAGUUCCUUUUCCAAACGAUCACCAACGGGGCUUUCAGCGUCGACACGUUCUUCUUCAUGGGUGGGUUGCUCGUCAGCUUCCUCUACUUCAGGACGAAUGCUAAAGGCGACUUGAACAAGCUUACGCAGGGCAGAGGGUGUUUCGUUGCCGGAACAUUGAAAUUCGUCGGUCUCCUCUUCUAUCGAUUCUGCAGACUCACGGCUCCUUACAUGUUCGUACUCGGCGUGGUUCAGAUCUCGAUGCAGUGGUUCCAUUCCAACUCCGUGUUCGAACCACCGACUGCGGAUCAUUACAAUUGCCCCAACUAUUGGUGGAGGAAUCUGCUUUACAUCAACACUUUGUUCCCGGUGGAUCAAAUGUGUAUGAUCUGGAGCUGGUAUCUCGCGGACGACACUCAAUUUUACAUUAUCGGCGCGGUGAUACUGGUCUUGGCAACGAAUCACUUGAAAAUAGCAGCGUUCGCAAUGACCAUGUUAUUGUUGAGCUCUUGGUUGACGACGGGCUACAUCGCUCUGGUGAACAAUCACAUGCCGAGCUCGGACGACCCGUUGGCGCUGUUCGACAAGAUCUACGACAAACCGUGGACCAGGCUGGGUCCGUACUUUAUAGGCAUGUCGAUGGGUUAUUUCCUCUUCAAGAUCGACUGCAAGCUCAAGAUGUCAAAGACGACGGUUUGCGUGGGCUGGCUCCUGUCAUCGGCGUGUCUCUUGAGCCUGCUAUACGGCCUCUACGAAGCAGAACUUAGCCCGAUGAUGGCAGCUGCUUACUCGUCGCUGAGUCAUAGCGUUUGGGCGCUUGGUUUAUCGUGGAUAGUGAUCGCGUGCAGCACCGGUUACGGAGGAUACGUGAACCGUGUUUUGUCGGCGCCGAUGCUGUAUCCGUUCAGCAGAACGACGUAUUGCGCCUACUUGGUGCAUCCACUCGUGAUUCGAUGGACGGCCUUGAACAUGGAUUCGCCGAUCCAUUUAGGAAAAUAUACAAUGAUGAUCACCUUCUUCGGAAUACUGGUUCUGUCGUACAUACUGUCGUUCGUUGUGUCGGUAGCUUUCGAAGCACCCAUCGUCAGCAUGUUAAAAAUACUCUCGCCCAAAAAACGAAAAUGCAUUCAGAGUAAUUAAACAAGUUCGUUGCGUACAAUCUGUCUCAUAAAGUUAUUUAUGUUCUUAUUGUAAUUAAUGUAAAAAGAAAAAAGAAACGUGCCUCGUUGUGAAAAUAUAGACACGUUACACUGCACGACGCACACCACCCCACGCACGCACGCGCGGUGUAAGAGUCGCGUGCAACUUACACGCUGCUGAGAGCCAUGCAGGCUCGAUCUUCAACGUGUAUCAUUGUUACUUAUAAAAUAAAUUAUUUGUCUUUCUA